AUGGAGAAAAGAAGUAUUGAUGAAAAUACCUUUUGUUUGGAAAAAGAAGCCCUACAUGCACAGGAACAAAAUUUAGAAAUUGGGAAAACUGAUCUUUCUCUUAAAUCUAUUUCUGAAGAAAUUCGUAGUGAAUCAUAUGCCCUACAUCCCACUUCAUCUGCAGAUGUAGGAGGCAGUGAUAUUUCUGAGAAAAAUAUUUCUCCAGAAAAUGGAGAUAGAAGUUUCAUUUCACAUUUGAAAAAGGCAGCAAGUGAGGAAAAGCUUCCAGAGGUUUGUGAAAUGGAGGAAGAAGAUACUUUGGAACCAGAAUCAGUGUCAUUUAAGGGGCAGGAUGGUGGGGCACAAGGAUAUGCAAAUGGCAUUUCAGAUGAACAUAAAGGUGAUGUCCAGGAAGCUGACACCCUCCACAGAAAAGUCUCUCUGAGCCAGUGCUUCCCAUUCCUGAUGUCUGAAGAACACCAGACUCCAAAUGAACAAAUAAGUGAAAAAUCAGAUGGCUCCGGAGAGGAAAAAUGUUCUGAAGAAAUUCAAGUUCAAAACGAAACCUCUUUCUCCACAACUGCAGAAGAAAAGAUAGAAACUUGUUUUUCUGAAAAUCUUCCAAAAUUGGAUGAGGCAUAUACAGCUGAAAUAACGGAAUCUGAGACCUCCCUAACACAAUACUUACUUGCUGCUGGAAAGAAUCAGGUUCCUGUGACUAAAGCCACCAAACAAAAGGCAAAACCUGUUCAGAGUGAAUCAGUCACCUCAAUGGAGGUUGAAGAAGUAACUUUCAACACUGUGUAUGAAUAUUACACCCAACAACAGGAAUCACUAGGUCGUCCAAUUUCUCCUGAAUCUGAUGUUUCAAUUGAUGUGGGAAGUACAAGCAGUGAAGAUCUCUCUGAGCUGGAUCAGUUUUAUACUCCACCAUCAUCAGUAGAACAUUUCGAAUCUCCAAAACCACCUGAUUUACAUAUUCCUCCUUCAGAUACAACUAAGCAAGCCUCAACUAUUUCAGAAGGUGAGAAUGUUGAAAGAUACUGUACACCUUCAGAGGAAGCUGCUGAAAGAUACUCAACACCUUCCGAAGGUGAGGUAGCAGAAAGAUACUCCACGCCACCAGGAGAAGCAUUAGAGAGAUAUUCUACACCCCCAGGGGAAACACUGGAGAGAUAUUCCACACCUCCAGGAGAGACACUAGAGAGAUAUUCUACCCCUUCAGGAGGAGAAACAGUUGCAAGAUAUGCUAUUCCUUCCAGAAGACCAAACCCCAAUGGGAAAUUUGAAGGGGACUUAUCAAAAAUGCAACGGGAAGACAGUACACCAAAUGAGCUUUUCCAUACACCUACGGAGGAGAGAAGUUCAGCUAGUGACAUAUGGCGUUCUGAUUCAUUUGGCACACCCAAUGAAGCCAUUGAGCCAAAAGAUAACGAAAUGCCACCAUCGUUUAUUGAACCUCUGACAAAAAGGAAGAUAUAUGAAAACACAACAUUAGGGUUCAUUGUUGAAGUGGAGGGCCUUCCAGUUCCUGGUGUGAAAUGGUAUAGAAAUAAAUCUUUGCUAGAGGCAGAUGAAAGAAUCAAAAUAGAAAGGGUGGGUAAUGUGUGUUCUUUGGAAAUUUCUAACAUUCAAAAAGGAGACCAGGGAGAGUACAUGUGCCAUGCUGUAAACAUCAUUGGGGAAGCCAAGAGCUUUGCAAAUGUAGACAUCAUGCCCCAGGAAGAAAGAGCAGUGGCCCUGCCGCCUCCAGUAACACAUCAGCAUGUCAUGGAGUUUGACUUGGAAAAUACAACGUCAUCAAGAACACCUUCUCCUCAAGAAAUUGUCCUGGAAGUUGAAUUAAGUGAAAAAGAUGUUAAAGAAUUUGAGAAGCAGGUGAAAAUAGUCACAGUUCCCGAAUUUACUCCAGAUCAUAAAAGCAUGAUUGUGAGUCUAGAUGUUGUUCCAUCAAAUUUAGUAGAUCCAAAUAUGGCUUCAAGCAGGGAAGAAGACAGAGAUUUAAAAAUUGAUUUAGAAGUAUUUGAAAUGCCCCCUCGCUUUAUAAUGCCUAUUUGUGAUUUUAGAAUUCCAGAAAAUGCAGAUGCUGUAUUCAAAUGUUCAGUCAUAGGUAUCCCUACUCCAGAAGUCAAAUGGUAUAAAGAGUAUAUGUGUAUUGAGCCAGAUAAUGUUAAAUAUGUGAUUAGUGAGGAGAAGGGAAGUCACACCCUGAGAAUUCGAAACGUGGAUCUUUCAGACAGUGCAACAUACAGGUGUAGAGCUGUGAAUUCUGUGGGAGAGGCUAUUUGCCGGGGAUUCCUCACCAUGGGAGAUUCUGAGAUAUUUGCUAUGAUCACAAAGAAAAGUAAAGUGACUUUAAGCAGUCUGAGGGAAGAAUUGGUACUGAGGAGCAAAUAUUCAGGCAGCUUUUUUGAAUUUCAAGUGGUGGAAGGGCCUCCCAGAUUUAUCAAAGGUAUUUCUGACUGUUAUGCACCAUUGGGAACUGCAGCUUAUUUCCAAUGUUUAGUUCGUGGCUCUCCCAGGCCCACAGUUUACUGGUACAAAGAUGGGAAACUGGUUCAAGGAGCAAGGUUCAGUUCUGAGGAAAGUGGCAUAGGAUUCCACAAUCUAUUUAUAACAAGUCUAGUAAAAACGGAUGAAGGUGAGUACAGAUGUGUAGCCACGAACAAAUCAGGAAUGGCUGAGACUUAUGCCUCACUUACUCUAAUCUAG